AUGGCCCUCGAGCGUCAAAUUGAGAGACUCAAAGUCGAGAAUCGAUUCCGCCAAGUCGCGUACGACCAACUGGCGGCAAAGUAUCAAACCCUCGUGCUGCGAUCGACCAGUAUGUCCAGCCAAGGCACAACCACCGAUGGCACUGGCCACGCCGCACAGGGAACCAAUACCGAUGUGGACUUCGAGCAGGAGCAGAGUAAACUCACGACCAAGAUCGCGUCGCUUCAAUUGCUACAAGAAGUCGACCGAGACCGCAUUGAGUCGAUGCGCCGCGACCAUAGUGCCCAGCUCGCGGACAUUCUUGCAGCCAAGAUACAUGUCGACGAGCAACUCAACGACGUGCAGAAGGAGCUGCACAUGAGCCAACUUGAACGGAACGAUGCGCAGCAGCAAGUGCGCGACUUGAUGGCGGCGUUGGCAUCAAGCCAAGCGGCGCACGCGGCGCUCAUCCACGACUUGGCACAGCUGGAAGCACAGAGCAGGGACGCCAAACAUUCCCACGCGAUGAGCCAGCGACAACAAGAAAUCAAAGACAUCGCGGCGAAGGUAACAGAACAGCGCCUGGUGGAGGAAAAGACCACGCUGGAACAGCAAUGCAACAACUUGACACUGCAGCACGAGUCGUCGAUCGAAACGAUUCAAGCGUUGGAGCUUGCAAUAUCGACGUUGCAAGUGGAAGUCGCAGCACGAACCAACGAUCUCGAGACACAGCGGCAUGCCGCCACGCAGGCCCAAAACGAAAUCACCGCCCUCCAAGCCAAGUGCUUGUCAGUCACAAUGGCCUACGACGCUGCAUCGGACAAGCUGACGGCCCUGCGCUACGACAUGGAGAAACAGGCGCGUGUGAUGGCGCACAUGCAAGACACACACAGCGCCGACAAAGCAACGGCGGCGGCGCUGCUGACGCAAUUGCACGACGUACAGACCGCCAAGAGUGCUCUUGAAGCUGCCUGGGAGAAGCAAUGCCAGGCGUGGGACGCCGAGCGAACAUGCGCGAAGCAUCGUGUGGGAGAACUGGAAGACACAAUCAAACGCCUUGAAAUGGCCAACACAGCUUGGAAAGCCAAGCACGAUGCGACCCUCUGCCAUGUCGAUGUCAUGACAUCCCAGAUGGAGGCGUUGCAGACCCCAUGCACGGACGCAUUGGCUGCGUCCGAUGAAACGAAAAGUGCUCGUGACGUGGAGCAGCUUUGGCGCACAAAUGCAGAGUUACACGACGCUUUGGUGGCGCUCACGGCUCAAUACGAAACGAAGUGCUUGCAGUACGAUCUGGCGGUGAAGCAGGUGGAAUACAUCAAAGCGCGUGACAUGGAAAUCACACUGAAGUUGAAAAUGACGGGUUGUCAUCGACAAAUGCUAGCGCGGGCGCUGGAACAAUCGAGCAACCAGUCCAUGGAGGCGACCCGUCUGAAGGAUGAACUGAUCGCGAUGGACGCAGCAAAGAACGCCCAACUCGCUGAGCUAUCCGCCCGCAUCCAUUCGAUGGAGGACAAGGUGCAGAACACCACAGCUCUAAACAACGAGCUCGCACAAAAGUGCGACGUCGUGGAAGCGCCAUGCCGAGUAGCUGACACCGUCAAAGAGUCGUGCAACGAGCUGUUGGGCAAAUGCGAUGGUCACGAUGCAUGGUGCGACGAUAUCGACAGAGUAGUCCCGGCACUCAGUUUCAACGAGCCAACGCAACUCUCAAAGGACCUGUUGCGCCCUCAAGACAUCGGCCAUGCCGAUAUCUCCGAGGAUAGCGCGAGCGGCGCAUUGAACACACUACAUGGAGCGAUUCUAGCCGUCGUUGUUGGUGCGAACCGUGUUCAAGCCGGCCUGGUGUCAGACCAAGAAGAUGGAUGGUCGCUGCCGACACUCCAGUGGAAGGUCGACCAAAGCUUGUGUGACGGCGUCGGCAUGGCCCCCUCGUCCCCCAAUCGAUUCAAACGGCACCACUCCGCGCAACACGCCGACGUCGGACCCAAGACCACGGUUGCGUUUUGGACAAACGUGCUAUCCCGCGUUGGCAUUCGCAACGCGCGAAGCGUCGAAAAAGUCGUCGUCGUCCGUCCGCCUGGUUGGCACGACUCGGACGAAGCGACCGUAUUCACCCAACUGCUACGAGAAGUUCGCGUCGCCAGUGUCCUCGUCACGUCGAGUGCUCAACUCGCGCUGAAAUCUGCUGGCGUCCGCACGGGCCUCGUGGUCGAAUUUUGCGAUGACGCGACGUUUGUUGUCCCGAUCUACGACAACUCGAUCGUGUCGCAUGCUGUUGUCCGUGCCAACGUGGGGGAGAAAACUCUAGUCGAGAAGACGAGGUCGCUUGUUCGGGCCGUCUCGCCCGCGUUUGCCGCGCUCGCAGGACCAGAUCAAGUGCAGUUGGCAUCAACUAUUCUUGAACGGCAUGGUCGAGUGCGCUACGACGUCGAGCAAUCGCAACCCACGACCAUGAAAUUCCAUGCAGGAGAGUCUCCAACGCCACUGGUAUUGACGCUGGAUGGGGAGCUGCAUCUCGGGCCAGAAGUCUACUUCGAACGAUCACCUUCGACGGAUGGCUCCGUACCCGCUGCGUUAUUGGCGAGUCUGGAUCACUGCGACCCGAUGUACACGGACGCGUUUUGCAGCGCGGUCGUGUUGAUCGGUGCCACGGCCAAGCUUCCAGGACUCAAGCGACGCCUCGUCAAAGAAGUCGUUCUGGCGCGCCCAGAGCUCCUCGGCCAGCUCUUUGUGAAUGUUCCAGAGUCCUCCGACAUGGAGCUAUACUGGGGGGCGUGCACACAUGCCAAGUAUGCGUCCGACGACGAGUGGGUUCAUCGCACGAGUUAA